GUGCACUGUGUCCCUCGGACACAGUGGAUCACCGAUCCACAGAAGGAGCAGAAGAUUUCGGCUCGGUCAUGUGAUCAGCUGUGUCCAAUCACAGCUGAUCACUGAUCAUCAGGGCACUGAUGAUCAGUGUGCCCUGAUGAUCAGUGUAGCCCCAGCAGCGCCACCUGUCAGCAUCCAUCAGUGCCUUGUGUCAGUGCUCAUCAGUGCCUCAUGCCAGUGCCCAUCAGUGCCACAUCAAUGCCACAUAUCAGUGCCCAUCUGAGUUGCCUUUCAGUGUCACCCAUCAGUGCCAGUCAGUGCCACCUAUCAAUGCCAAUCAGUGCCACCUAUCAGUGCCACCUAUCAGUGCCGCCUAUCAGUGCCAGUCAGUGCUGCCCGUCAGUGCCGCCUAUCAGUGCCAGUCAGUGCCGCCUAUCAGUGCCAGUCAGUGCCGCCUAUCAGUGCCAUGUAUCAGUGCCAUAUAUCAGUGCCAUGUAUCAGUGCUGCCUUUCAGUGCCCAUCAGUGAUGCCUGUCAAUGCCCAUCAGUGCCACCUAACAGUGCCUCCUCAUCAGUG